AUGUCCUCCCGCACCUACUCCAUCACCGAACCCCACCCCACAGUCCCAACCUCCCACUACAUCUACACCGGCCGCGGCGGCGCCGGCAACUUCACCAAAGCCCCCGCAAACCUCACCCCCGGCCGCACCGCCUCCGGUCCCGCCUCCCGCAUCCCCCUGACCUCCCACACCCGCAAUCAAUCAUCCGACACCACUUCCACAUCCGCAACCGCAUGCGAACCAUCCGCCUACUACGCCUCCGGCCGCGGCGGCGCAGGCAACCUGCACCGCUUCUUCGGCUCCCAGCGCGAGCGCGCCAUCUUCAGCUUCGACGAGGAGUUGGCCGUGCAGCGCCGGUUGCAGGAGCGUGCGGCGCCCGUGUAUCAUAUUGGGCGUGGGGGCGCGGGGAAUUUCAUGCGUGGUGGUGGUGUUGGUGAUCGUGAGGGGAAGGCUGGGUCGGUGAGCGAGGAGGAGAUGGAGGAAGGGCGGAGGGGCAGCGGGGAGGGCGUGUGGAGGAAGAUGACGAGGACGCUGUCGAAUCGGUCUUGA